UUUGUUAUGCAUGCAUGUGGCCGGCUGAUUGAAUACGUUGAUUUUUUUUAUUAUUUAUUGUGAUUAUAUCGAUCUUCGAUGUUCGUUGUAAUUCAAUAAUUUUGUUGAUGAUGGCAUUCGGAAAUUGGAAAUUAUUGUUUGUUAUUUCUUUAGGUGUAUUUCUACGUUUUUCAUUCCGUUAUAGUUCGUAUUAUGGCGAGAUAUCUAAACGUGUUGAAGUAUCAUCGCCAGUAUCUGCUUGGGUUAGAGUGGUCGAAGGGGUUAAACUAAAAAAGUUGAACAUUCAACCAUACGAUGGAAACACAUUUCAUGAGUCGCCAAUAUUUCUUCGUUUUUAUCAAUUCAUAGUCAAUUAUUUAAAUGAAUUCCAAAUUGUCAUCUUUUUCAUGCUAAUCGAUAUGAUGACAGCUUUCAUUCUAUCAAAGGUGUCAAUAAUACAGUUAAAUUUGAUGAAAACAAAUGACCAAAAUCGAAUGAAAACACAUCUGAAAGAUAAUGAUGAUAAGAAAUUGUGUGAAAAGCUAUUUAUUAAACCUGGAUCAAUUUUUAACUGUGCCGAAUGGAUAAUCUGGAUAUAUGCCCUAUCUCCCUAUUCUAUACUACCAUGUGUUGCUCAGUCAACACAAGUAUUGCAGAAUUUUCUCAUCUCGUUGGUUAUGUUAACGGCUUCGAAUGGUCAAAAAUUUUUGUCAUUUUCACUUCUCGCCUUGUCAGUGGUCAAUACCUUUUAUUCUCUCAUAUUCUUGCCACCAAUCAUUUUAAUCUUGGAACAUUCAACAAAAAAUACCGACGAUUCAAAGUCACAACAAUCGACCAUUCAAAUGAAAUCAUUCAUUUCAUCCUUGUUCAUUUUUCUAACCAUAUUGAUUUCACUUUUAUUGCUUUGUCUAUGUAUCGAAAAUGGAUCUUUUCAGUUCAUUCAUUCUACUUAUGUUUUCAUGUGGACCGUAUCAGAUUUGACGCCAAACAUUGGUCUUUUCUGGUAUUUUUUUGCCGAAAUGUUUGAUCAUUUUCGAACGUUUUUCAUAUGGGUUUUUCAAAUCAAUUAUUUUCUUUAUCUGAUACCAUUGACAUUGAAACUAAAUGAUAAUCCAUAUUUUUUAUUCAUGAUUACUUUGAUGAAUCAUUCAAUUUUCAAGCCAUAUCCUACUGUUUCCGAUUUUGUUCUAUACUUAUGUAUGCUGCCACAAUGGAGCCAUUUGUUUGAAUACAUGAAAAGCACAUUGGUUGUUUCCGGUACUAUAGCAACCACCAGUGUAUUGGCUCCUAUUCUUUGGUAUCUUUGGAUCGUAUUAGGUACUGCAAAUUCCAAUUUUUACUUUGGUAUAACACUUGCCUUCAAUAUUGGACAGAUUUUCCUCAUCACCGAUCUGAUAUUCGCUUACAUUAAGCGUGAAUUUUAUUUCAACAAUGUUGAUCUUUUUAAAAUUUGUAAAAAGACUGGAAAAUCUCCUCGUAUUGAAUUAAGCUAUAAUUAAACAAUGUAAAUCUCUA